AUGAGCUGGACCCCUCUCCUCCUUGUGCUCCUCUCUCACUGCACAGGCUCCCUCACCCAGCCUGUCCUGACUCAACCACCAUCCAUCUCUGUAUCAUCGGGAGUAGCUGUGAGACUCACCUGCACCCUGAGCAGUGGUUUCAGUGUUGGAGACUUUACCAUUCGCUGGUACCAGCAGAAGCCAGGGAGCUCACCCCAGUAUCUCCUGUACUACUACUCAGACUCAAGUAAACACCAGGGCACUGGAGUCCCCAGUCGCUUCUCUGGAUCCAAAGAUGCCUCCACUAACACAGGCCUUCUGCUCAUCUCUGGGCUGCAGCCUGAGGAUGAGGCUGACUAUUACUGCAAUAUCUGGCAUGACAGCUCUAAGACUCACACAGUGCUUCAGACCCAUGGGGAAGUGAGACACAAACCUCCCCUCCACUCUGCUGGCCUGGUGCCAACACCACUUCAUGGCCUAUGA